AUGAAAGGUAGCCGGAUCGAGCUGGGGGAUGUAACGCCCCAUAACAUUAAACAACUAAAACGACUCAACCAGGUCAUCUUCCCUGUCAGCUACAAUGAUAAAUUUUACAAGGAUGUUUUGGAAGUUGGGGAGCUGGCAAAGCUUGCAUACUUUAAUGACAUAGCAGUGGGAGCUGUGUGCUGUCGAGUGGACCAUUCUCAAAAUCAGAAAAGACUGUACAUAAUGACACUUGGAUGUCUAGCACCCUACCGAAGACUUGGCAUUGGAACAAAAAUGCUGAAUCAUGUGCUAAAUAUCUGUGAGAAGGAUGGAACUUUUGACAACAUUUACCUUCAUGUGCAGAUCAGCAAUGAGUCAGCCAUUGACUUUUACCAGAAGUUUGGUUUUGAGAUCAUUGAAACAAAGAAAAAUUACUACAAGAGGAUAGAGCCUGCAGAUGCCCAUGUGUUGCAAAAGAGUCUGCGUAGUCCGUGUGCACCUCCCACUGGAGAGCUUCAAAAAACAGAGUAG